CGGUGCCUGGCCCAUAUGUUUGCAGGAUUUGCAACCCAUUUCUCUCCUCGACUCCCACAACACGGUCCGUACGGGAAAGAGAGAGAAGGUGGGAGUGGAAUCGACAGGGGAAAACCAAGCCUGUGUUUCAGAGACAACUCAGGCGACGCGAUGGCGAUGGCGGCGCUGCGACGCGAGGGGAGGCGCCUCCUCCUCGCCCCCACCGUCCCCAACCCGUCUUCGGCGGCCGCUUCCGCUGCGGUGACGCGAUCCUCCGCCAUGUCGCAACCGGAGAUGGCUCCAAUUGGUGCACGUUCUAUUUCAACUCAAGUUGUGAGGAACCGGAUGAAGAGUAUCAAAAACAUCCAGAAGAUCACAAAGGCUAUGAAGAUGGUUGCAGCAUCAAAGCUUCGGGCUGUUCAGACGAGGACUGAAAAUUCACGCGGCUUGUGGCAGCCGUUCACCGCCCUUCUUGGGGACACUCCUAGUGUUGACGUCAAGAAGAAUGUGAUUGUGGCCAUUACCUCUGAUAAGGGACUCUGUGGUGGUAUCAAUUCAACCUCGGUGAAAGUUAGCAGGGCCCUUCACAAACUGACAUCUGGUCCAGAAAAAGAAAGCAAGUAUGUUAUAUUAGGAGAAAAAGGCAAAGUUCAGCUGUUGCGUGACUCGAAGAACAGCAUUGAAAUGACCGCAAGUGAACUACAGAAGAACCCUAUCAACUAUACACAGAUUGCUGUGCUCGCGGAUGACAUAUUGAAAAAUGUGGAAUAUGAUGCUCUAAGGGUUAUUUUCAACAAGUUCCAUUCUGUCAUAUCGUUUAAGCCCACAAUGGUAACGAUACUGUCCCCUGAGGUUGCAGAAAAAGAAGCAGAAGCUGGUGGGAAGACGGGUGACCUAGAUUCUUAUGAGAUUGAAGGCGGUGAGACAAAAGCAGAGAUAUUGCAAAACCUAGCUGAGUUCCAGUUUUCUUGUGUCAUGUACAAUGGUGCCCUAGAGAAUGCAUGCAGUGAGCUUGGAGCCCGUAUGUCUGCCAUGGACAGCUCUAGCAGAAAUGCUGGCGAUAUGCUUGAUCGUCUCACGCUUACUUACAACAGGACACGCCAAGCAUCCAUCACCACAGAGCUUACUGAGAUUAUAUCUGGUGCAUCAGCCCUUGAAGGAUAGGUGAAGAGACUAUGUGGACUUCUCCCUUUUUCCCCAUUUGUGUUCCUCUCACAUGAAGGCUUCUUUUCUUCCGGAGGCUCAGUUUCAACCCUUCUCGUUUCACUUUUCCUUGAUAAACGUAUUCUCAUGCUUUAUUGCAAUAAUUAGGCCAACGACAGUGAUGAUGCCGUGCGCCUUUGCAUAUUGCAAAAAUGAUGUUCUACAUCUAUGGUGAAUGGCUGGUUUUCAUAAAUGGUGAUGAUCAAUAUAUGUAUCUUGCACAUGAUUAGCAAGUUCACGUGUCUGCCAAAUUGAGCCAUAUAACGAUAUAGCAUUAAUGACAUCUGUUCAAUCUGAACUUCCAACAUUUAUCCAGCUGAAGAAUCUAUUUUGAA